AUGACUCGCGUAUACGGAGUAUCCCAUCUCUGCGGUGCCUGCCAUCGGCCAGGCAACUUUGGUUGGGUGUACCAAUGCACCCAGGACAAGGAGGGUAUCAUUGACGACGCCCUCGCCCAAGGCGAUCUUGUAAGUACCACCAUUGUCACCAUAGUAUACCUUGAAACUGAUGCCUUACAUCAGAACUGCUGUGACCAAAUCGGUCUUGCCAUGGUGGCGGACAUGAACGCUCGACGGAGCAGUGUCCCCGAUUGCCAAGACAAGUUCAGCUUCCUAGACCAAAUCAGCUCUGAGAAAAUGGCCAGCUACCGUCCCGAUCAGAUCGCCACACUGCUGAGGCAAAAGGAAAAGGUUACACUCCUUGCUUCACAAGUCCAAUCCAUGAUCCAGCGGGACCGCAUGACGCAAAACGGCACGUCGCUCUUUGCCCACGACGGCCUCUUUGACCUUACCGAGCCCUUGCCCAAUCCAUACGAGUACCGGAAGCUGCCCACCUGCGUCGACCGCGCCUACAUUAGUCUUGACGCCAUCGCCAACGGCCGCAUCCCGCCCACCGCCGCCACCGGCUUCGGCUUCCAGACUAUUGCCGGCCGCCCGGUUACGGACGCGCGCAUCGUCAAGGCCAUUGGUCAACGACCCCUUCCUACUUACACACCCGAUAGCUCGUCGCGCCUCUCGUGGCUUAACCCCAGUCUCUGCCUCAUGGACCUUCUGGAGCGACAGAUUGCUUGCGGCGGCCGACUUCCUGUAGCCCGAGACACCUUGCCUGACAACGCACCCUGCCCCGUCACCGAGCCAUCCCAGUGCCCAGGAACGCUGACGCGCUCGCCCCCGUGUAACAAUUUCGAGGGCAUUUCGCCGCUGCGGACCCAAGAGAAGCUGCCUGUGUGUGUGGCGACAGAGCCAGCAUUUCAGUGCGAAAGUUCGCCCAUGUUCGACGUCGCGCGUCCUCUUGGCAUGCACACUCGUAGCGACACAGAGUCCAGUUAUACCAAUCUGCGACUCGGGGCCGGUAGUGGUUUCGAGCGCGGCAUUUCCGACAUGAUCACGGCAGUCUAG